UCCAGGCGGCGCUGUCACUGUUAUGGUCCUGUCAGGGCGCCGGCGUCGUGGUGCUUGGGCGCUCGCCACCGGCCGGAGUCCGGUGCGACCUCGUCCGGAGCAGCCGGGUGGCCUGGCUCGCGUGUCUCCGCCCUCGGCCCAGCCCGUGCCUCCCGGCUCGCAGGCCGCCCGGUAGCUCGAGCGUUGCGGAUCGUCCCCGAGGCCCCGGGCCCAGCCGCGCUUCAGCACCGCCGAGGGCUCCGAGGCCGGCGGGAUGCAGCCUCCGGGCGCGCCCCCGGCCUAUGCGCCCGCCACCGGGGACUUCACCUUUGUCUCCUCGGCGGACGCGGAGGAUCUCAGUGGUUCUAUAGCAACUCCAGAUGUCAAAUUAAAUCUCGGUGGAGGUGGAGAGUUUAUCAAAGAAUCUACAGCUACUACAUUUCUGAGACAAAGAGGCUAUGGCUGGCUUUUGGAAGUUGAAGAUGAGGAUCCUGAAGAUAACAAGCCACUUCUGGAAGAAUUGGACAUUGACCUAAAGGAUAUUUACUACAAACUCCGUUGUGUUUUGAUGCCAAUGCCAUCGCUUGGUUUCAAUAGACAAGUGGUGAGAGACAGCCCUGACUUCUGGGGUCCGCUGGCUGUUGUCCUUUUCUUUUCGAUGAUAUCAUUAUAUGGACAGCUCAGGGUGGUCUCAUGGAUUAUAACCAUUUGGAUAUUUGGUUCACUGACAAUUUUCUUACUGGCUAGAGUUCUUGGUGGAGAAGUUGCAUAUGGCCAGGUUCUUGGAGUGAUAGGCUAUUCGCUACUUCCUCUCAUUGUAAUAGCCCCCGUGCUUUUGGUGGUUGGAUCCUUUGAAAUGGUGUCUACGCUUAUAAAACUGUUCGGUGUGUUUUGGGCUGCCUACAGUGCUGCUUCAUUACUCGUAGGUGAAGAAUUCAAGACCAAAAAGCCUCUCCUCAUUUAUCCAAUCUUUUUACUGUACAUUUAUUUUUUGUCCUUAUAUACUGGAGUGUGAUCCAAGUUGACAAGAGUUGAGAAAGACGGUGUUACAUUUGUGUUUAGCUGGGAGUUCUUGCUGAAGGGUUUGGAGAGGACAUAACUAGUAAAGUUUUAUACAUUCCAGAUAGGAAGACAGUUUAAAGUCUUUUUAAAACAAUAUUUUUUGUAUUUAAGUAAUUGCAGUUAUCUGGGAUUUUUUGGUCAGAAUUCUGAAUUCUGUUUGGUUCUUCAUAUUCCGCGAAUAAAUAAAAAACAUUGUGUUUUUUCAGAUUGUGUCAAUAUUCAGCUGAACACUUGUGCCAAAUGCACCUAGAUGGGUAAUUGUAUCUCACUUGAAGUAUAAAUUGACAACAUCCUGAAAAUCUAAAAGUGCAAUUUUUUUCCUUUGAAGAAUUUUCUCCUGCACCACAGAUCCUGUAGAUACCUAUUUAUAUUUAUACAUAUAUAUUUAUGAAAUAAUUCUUAUUCACAAAAUAUAUUUCUGAAUAGCCUAAAAAUUAAGAUACUAAAUCUGAUGCUUAAACUUUCCUUAAUUUGGCCAUUAAUGUUUUUUAUUUAAAACUUAAAAUUUGUUUUUAAAUUGAGUGUAAUUUUUGAAAUAAUAGUUGCAGUAUAGAUUUGGUUUGUGUGUCUUUGCUCUUAAAAAACAGUUUUGAAUGUCUAAACAUUUGAUUUAAAGUUUCUGUUUAUCUUUUUGACCAAAGCAGCAAGAGAUAUAAUUAAUAUGGCAUUCAUUAAAAUCAUUAAUAUAUAGGAAAAAUAAUAUUUAUAGCAUCAGUAAAUAUUUUUUAAGUGGUACCUUUCAAUCAUAAAAGGUUGCGGGAAGGAGACCUUUGAGGUCAUGUGGUCUUGAACAAUGUUAUAUGCAGUAGAAAAUAAAACGUUUUCCAGCUGUGUGCUUUGUCUUAUAAUACCUUUUCCUAUAUUACUUGAUAUUUUAAAAAGUAUUGGUUUCUUUCUGACAAAUUUACAGUGUUUGUUAAGGGAAAUAUUAAGAAAAUGUUAUCAAAGAAGUUCUUUUGUAAAUCCCAUAUUCUGUGUAUACCUUUAAUAUUAUUUUGUAAAGUAGAUGAACUAUUUUAUCUGUGUCCAUAAAAUAGCAAAUCCUGUUAGCACA